CCCACACUUCGUAUCCCGCAGUAGACUCGCCAUGGCGAUGGGCGGUGGGGGUGGUGGCGGCGCCGGCGUAACGGAGCAGGAGGACUCGGUGCUGUUCCGGCGUGGCACAGGCCAGAGUGAUGAUUCUGACAUUUGGGAUGAUACAGCAUUGAUAAAAGCUUAUGAUAAAGCUGUGGCUUCAUUUAAGCAUGCUCUAAAGAAUGGUGACAUCUGUGAAACUUCAGAUAAACCAAAAGGCACACCUAAAAGAAAACCUGCUAAGAAGAAUAAAAGCCAAAAAAAGAAUACCGCAACUCUCUUGAAACAGUGGAAAGUUGGUGACAAAUGUUCUGCCAUUUGGUCAGAAGAUGGCUGCAUUUACCCAGCUACCAUUGCUUCAGUUGAUUUUAAGAGAGGAACCUGUGUUGUGGUUUACACUGGCUAUGGAAAUAAAGAAGAGCAAAAUCUGUCUGAUCUAUUUUCUCCAACCUCUGAAGUAGCUAAUAAUAUAGAACAGAAUGCUCAAGAGAAUGAAAAUGAAAGUCAAGCUUCAACGGAUGAGAGUGAAAACUUGUCCAGGUCUCCUGGAAAUAAACCAAAUAAUAGCAAGUCAAAAACUACUCCGUGGAACUCUUUUCUCCCUCCACCACCCCCCAUGCCAGCGUCAGGACUAGGACCAGGAAAGCCAGGUUUAAAAUUCAAUGGCCCACCACCACCACCACCACCACCCCCACCACCCCACUUCCUAUCAUGCUGGCUGCCUCCAUUUCCUUCUGGACCACCAAUAAUUCCCCCACCACCUCCCAUAUGUCCAGAUUCUCUUGAUGAUGCUGAUGCUUUGGGAAGUAUGUUAAUCUCUUGGUACAUGAGUGGCUAUCAUACUGGUUAUUAUAUGGGUUUCAAACAAAAUCAAAAAGAAGGAAGGUGCUCACAUUUCAAUUAAGGAGUAAUUCAUACAGUAUUCUUUAAUAGGUACAGCUUUCUCCUAAGGAGAAUGAUAUUUUGAUGUUCCAUGGUUGAUAUGAACGAAAGUUUCAUCAUUUUCUUCAUGGACACUUGGUGGGGUGGCACGAUCAUCUAUCUGCAUUGUUUUCCCUUGUUGCAUGUGUUCCGUGCUUAAGUAGCCAGCGAACUGUCUUUAGGGAAUUAUCAGCUUGAAUAACAACAAUGGAAAUGUGAGUGAUUAAAAGGAACUCAAGGUCACAAAAAAUUCAGUCUUUCAAAAUUGCCAUUGAGUACGUUUGUAUAUUGUAACUUCCUUAGUAAGUAUGUUAAUCUUUUUAUUAAUUCCUAUAAAAAUAAA